AUGGCAGCUGCUGCAACCUCAACCCAAGCGCAGGGCAAGAACAUUGGCUCAGUCGAGAUGCUUGAGAAUUCUGACUCCGCACGAAAGACCGACUUUCAGGUCCUCGACGCUAAUCCUGAUGUUGAGGUUGUCAAGAUUUUCGAACAAGCGCACGGGUCCGACAUCUGGGAUCCGGAGGAAGAAAAAGCUCUCGUUCGAAAGAUCGACCGUCGACUUCUCUGGAUCCUCUGCAUAGUAUAUCCUUUGCAGGCUUAUGACAAAACUGUGCUCGGUCAAACGGCAAUUUUUGGCAUUGUGCAGGAUCUCCACCUCACUGGAAAUCAAUAUGUGAUGUGCUCUGCCUUUCUGUACAUUGGCUACUUCUGUGGAUCUUAUCCGGCUUCGUUGCUCGGCCAGCUCUACCCCGUCGAACGCGUAGCAGCGUGCUUGAUCCUGACCUGGGGCCUCUGCUUGACGCUGUCUAUCGUUUGUACGGACUUCCAGGGGCUGGUGACUGAGAGGGUAUUUCUCGGAUUUCUGGAAGGAGGGUUGUCCCCUCUUUGCAUGCUCAUCAUUGGAUCCUGGUACACCAAGUCGGAACAAGCUCUUCGCAUAGGUAUCUGGUGGUGCUCGAGCGGCUACGCCGGUUUUUUUGCGCCAUUGAUCAACUACGGCAUCGGCCAGAUAAAAGGAGGAUCCUUGAAAUCCUGGCAAUACAUGUUUCUGUUUGCUGGAGCAUUUACCAUGCUCUGGUCCUUUAUUGUCUGGUUCCUCCUACCCGGCGACCCACUGCGCGCUCGAGGCUUCGACGCACGGGAGCGAUACAUUGCCAUUGCCCGUCUACGAACCAACAAUUCUGGAGUGCGCGACCAACAUUGGAGAAAAGAACAGGUGAUGGAAGCCUUCCAGGACGUUCGAUUCUGGUUGAUGUUCUUCAUUGCGUUCUUUGUCAUGGUGGGCAGUGGUGCUUACACCACGAUGACACCGAUUAUUAUCAACAGCUUGGGAUUCGACUCACUCCACUCGCUGCUCAUUUCCUGUCCUACUGGGAUUGUGAUCGGAACAGUUGAACUUGUCGGCGCAUACGUCACAUAUCGCACCCAGAAUUUGAGAUGCAUCAUGAUGGUCGUCUUCCAAAUCCCUGUCUUUGUGGGAGGGUUGCUGCUAUGGCUUCUACCACGCAGUCAAACCGGACCUUUGCUGUUCGCUCUCUACGUGAUUCCGUGUUUUGGCGGAACAUACUGUCUUGCACUUGCUUUGACCCUUGCGAAUUGCGGCGGCUACACGAAACGAACAGUCUUUGCUGCGGCCAUUUUCACCGGUUAUUGUUGUGGAAGCCUCGCUGGACCGUUGACUUUCAAAGCGAACGACGCUCCAGGCUACGCCCCUGCUUUUAUCUUUCUUGUGGUGGCAACAAUCAUGUGUGUGAUACUCACGUUGACCUAUCGCUACGUCUGUAAGCGAGACAAUCGCAAGCGCGACGCAGCAGGUAUCACGGAAGGUUUCGACCAUGCGUACGACGAUGACAUGACGGAUAAACUGGGCACUAACAAAGCCGUGCUUCGAUCAGAACCCACAAUUUCGUUAUAUCUACUGAGGCGGAAGGUGUGCUCUGUGUUUCAAGAGAGACUGACAACGACUUACCACUGA